AUGUCUCUAGCAGUGGAGAGAUUCUUGGCCAUUCAUCUUCAUCUCCGAUACCAGAGACUUGUGACUCACAAGCGUGUUGUUACCAUAGUGUUCUCACUUUGGGUUAUAAGUGUGUUCCUUUCGUUGUUUAUGUUUGAAAUUCGGAAAGUCCGCCUUGUUAUUUAUACCACUGUUGAAGUUUUUUGUCUCAUAUCUACUGUAUUGUUAUUCGUGAAGAUUUAUUUAACUGUUAGACGACACUCAAGGCAAAUACAAUCUAUACAACCCGCGGGAGAGCAAAAUAGUGUCCCGCGAAGGAAAAAAUCUGCCGUUGCUACGUUUUACGUGUACCUUAUGUUUUUGGCGUGUUACCUACCA